UCUGGAUGAUUUCCUUCAACGUGUAGAUUCUAGAAGUUAGUUACUUUGCUUGAACAGAUUGGAGGGUGAAAACAACGCUCAUGAGCUCAUGUCAGAGGCGGCAAGAAGUUUGUGAUUGUCCAGAAUUGGCUCUUUGGCCGCAAUAACUUUCCAGCUACGAUUAUCCCCGAGCAUUCUCAGCAGAGGCAUUCUGAGUAGAUCAACUGACAGUUCUAAGAUGGCGAUUUUGAACUUGCGAAAUGUGGUAUUCACAUUUGUGGCAGUGGCAAUCUCAUGGAGUUUAGUUGAGUGCCAGCUCACUGCAGAGGGAAAGGCACGCGACAAGUGCCUGAAGAGCCAAGUUGCCGGCUCUGCUAUUGAGAGAAUCAUCAACGCUAAUCCGGAGAAAAUGUACUUUGAGACGACGGAUGCGAGCAAGAAGUACCGCUAUCAGAUUGGCCUGUGCCAGACGGUCGGUGACACUCUCGCCGCAGUCAUGCAGUUCAACGCCUCCAAUAGCCAGCAGAAAUUCGUCCUGGGACGGUUGAAUAUGACGCAUGUCAUCAAGCGCCAUGAUUACAUUGAGUUGGAGUACUUUGGUGGCGACGAGUAUCACAGCCAUUGCCAGAACUCGCCCAGAACCGUUCGCAUCAUGUUUGUAUGCGACCCGUGCGGCGGAGCGGGCGAGCCAGUGGUAGUGGAGGAGAUGACAACAGCCAAGAAGGACGGCGCCAAUGCCCACUGCUUCUAUCUGUUCGAUUGGCCCACGCGCUAUGCCUGUGCUCCUGAUCAUGGUUUGGUUGUUCUGUGCACGGCGAAAAGUGGAGUUGGUGGCAUCGUUGUGCUUGCGUUGUUGGGCCUGCUUGUCCUCUACAUUCUGCUGGGUGUUGCGUACAAGCGUUGCUUCCUGGGUGCCAAGGGGGCUGACCAGUUUCCACACGUCGACCACUGGAGAAUGUUUGGCAACUUGGUAGCUGAUGGCUGUGAUUGCCUAUGCAGACGGAGAAGGCCUGCGAAGCCAACAUACUCUUCGGUGUAUACGAAUGAACACCUGGAAAACAUGGACGAUUCGGAGACGGAGGACGACGGAGAUCUGCUUCCACUCUCGUAGACGGAUCGCGUGCUGCGAAUUCUGUUCCGUUAGCAUUGCUGCCGCUGCUCCUGCUACUGUGUGUGAUGACGAUAAGGCGGUUGUGCUGUUCCAUUUGUACAUAUACCGUGAUAUCCUCACCGUCGUGCAAACCGCUAACGCUGACCAGCAGGCCGACACGCGGAGGUUGGCCGCGAGUGAACUUUCGUCUUGCCAUCCUGCACCUCCCUGUAGCCAGCAAGCGUGUGCUCAGCCCUGGCUGCGGGCUCUCUUGCUCGAGCAAGACUCCUGCCCCUUACGGGUGUGUGUCGUGAUCAGUGACUACGCAUCACCUGCCACACAUCCCUCAGCUUUUCCCUUCUCUUUCGUUUCUUUCUUUCCCAGCUGCCGCUCCCCUCUUCUCAUUUCGCCAGUGGCAGCUCAUCAAAUUUCCAGUUCAUCUGUUGAGAAGAGCAACAUUGUUGUCAAAUUAGCAUCAUCCGCAUAUAAAUAUACCAUGUUCUUUCUAGGUUUCUUUCAUCUACUAUUAGUGUUGGGUGCAUGACGUCAUCAUCUUGGUGGUACUAUUCUCUCUCUUUUUUUUUAAGUGUUUAAAAUAUGCGAAAAAUUCUACUGACAACUGUCUUUUUACUGGAUUUUCCUGCGGAGGACCCUCUCAUUCGCGCUUUAGUAUGUCUCUCGGUGAGUUAAGUUAUUGUCUUCCGAUCAGGCCAUCAAAACGCUUCAUGCUCAAAGCUUAGGUAUACUUUAAGGCGACCGUUGUUAUGUGUAUUUUCUUGUUUUUGAGAUUCUGUUUUUGUUAUUUGGUAGCAAUAGCUACUCUGGACAAGUGUUGAUGUGUGUUUCAUGGCGACAAAACUGUCACAGGACAACUUUGCACGUGCCAAUGCCACGGCUUCUCUCU